CAACAGGUCCAGGUCCAGGUGCAGGUGCAGGUGCAGGUGCAGGUCCAGGUCCAGGUCCAGGUGCAGGUCCAGGUCCAGGUCCAGGUCCAGGUCCAGGUCCAGGUCCAGGUCUGAGCCUUUGUGUCGGAUUUCAGACGGUGUUCGUCAUGUUCCCUGUGGACCUGCUGUCAGUGGACCACACUGACCUGACCUCAGCGGCCCAAAACUAUCUGUCCACUCUGGAGUCCAGAGCCGGCGCUGAAGAGUGGUUUCGGUCCUCAGCAACUUCAAAGGUUCGUGUAACUCCACAGAACAUCCGGCAUCUUCAGCUGUUUGACCGACCCAAGUGUGUCCUGUUGGCUCUUCAUCAGUCAGACGAUCCCACACAAGUGGUGGCCGUGUACCUGCCUGACAGGUGGUGGGCUGUGGACGAUGUCCUGAGGAUGUCCAACGCAUCUAGAAGUGGUUUCCAGUCGGUGCAGUCGGUGAUGGAGCGGGUUGUGGUGUUCCUGCUCAGUCAGGUGGUGGACAGGCCUUUACAGGAGGAGGUGCACUUCUACCCCCACCCCCCCACCGAGACCUGCAAACUACUGUGGAGAGAAGGAGAGGCAGUCGGCUUCUACAGCGUCAAACACAAAGGCAGUCUGUGUGACGGUUGGAGCAGCCGGUGUUACCAGUUAACGGUUCUGGACACGCUGUUGGUGAGGAGGCGCUGCAGGAGGAGCGGCCUGGGCCUUCACAUCCUGGACCACUUCUGCAACACAUUCUACUCUGAAGACGUUCUGGGAGUCAGCGCUCCACUAUCAGCCAGCAUGGUGUCAGUUUGCAGACGGUUCCUCCACAGACACACAGAACACAGAGAACGUCUGUAUGAGGUGGAGGCUCCUGGAGGAUGGGCUCAGAGACGCAACAUCUGGAUCAACAUCCAACUGGGACGCUACGCCCAUGGUGAACUACACACACUGACACUGGGACCAGGACCUGGACCAGGAUUAGGACCAGGGCCAAGACCAGGAUCAGGAUUAGGACCAAGACCAGGAUCAGGACAGAGAUCAGGAUCAGGGCCAAGACCAGAAUCAGGAUUAGGACCAGGAUCAGGACUAAGAUCAGGAUCAGGACAGAGAUCAGGAUCAGGACCAAGAUCAGGAUCAGGAUUAGGACCAGGACAGAGAUCAGGAUCAGGACCAGGAUCAGGACAGAGAUCAGGAUCAGGAUUAGGACCAGGAUCAGGACAGAGAUCAGGUUCAGGAUCAGGAUUAGGACCAGGAUCAGGGCCAAGAUCACAAUCAGGACAGAGACCAGGACUAGGAUCAGGACAGAGGUCAGGAUCAGGACAAAGACCAAGAUCAGAUCAGAUCAGACCAGACCGGUUCGGACCAGAUCAGGUCAGAUUAGACCAGAUCAGACUUUUUGGAUCCCACUGUGGUGAAAGUGCAGGUUUUCCAUCAGUGUUGAAAACAGACCAGAGUCAGACAGGAGACUCUAACAGCCUGUCAUUUAACUGUUUCUGUGCGUAGUAUUUCAGUAUUUACAGUAAAGUUACACAUGAAGUUCAUAUACUGAUAUGAUGUGGUGGGGUUUACUGUGAACUGUUUUAUAGAUGGAAUAAAUAACACCACAACACAUUCAACACUGAAUUAAGAACUGCUCCUUCUAUAGUUACAAAGAACGAUUUGAAUGAAUGGAUUAUUUUAAGCCAAAGGAAGUCAGAAGGAAAAGACUGGGUUGUUUAUCCAGCAGCUGGAACUGUAUGAACAGGACGGUCUUUUCUCUUUAACUUCAUUCAUGUG